AGUUUUGUUUUUAAAAAUAGUGGUGAACAACAACGCAUUUCUAUGUACGAUUACGUUGUGUAGUGGUGUAGAAUUACACUUUUAGAGUGUAUUAGUUUGAAUUUGUUGUGUUAAUUAGGUAAGUUGUAAUGUAAUUAUAAUAAAAAUUACUUAUAUUUGUGUGAAUGUUUUAGAGCGAUGGUGGUUAUUGAAAUUUCCCUUAUGGACAUCUUAGAGUAUGUGGGGGAUCGUAAGCGCCCUUUAAUAGAGGGAGAAGCCGUUUUCAAGGCAGGACACAUUAUUUUAUGUGGUUUGGAGAGUGAAGAACCAAAUGUUAUCAGAAGUCUUUGCCUACAAACGUCUGCCUUAAAGCAGCUACCACACGAAAUUUCAAUUAGGUUAGAUACCCCAACUUGGCAAUGUAGAUGCAGUUGUAAAGCUGGGCUGUCGGGAUAUUGCAAGCAUGUCAUAGCAACAUUAAUUUAUGUAAACCGUAACGAAAAUUUAGAUUUUAUAAGUUGUACCGAGCUGCGACAAAAAUGGGGGCAAGAAAAAAAAGCUGUCCAGGAAAUGUAUGCCACCAAACCUUUUUCUGAGUUCUGUCACCCAACAAAUAUAAAAAAGAGUGACAUUGUGAUAAGCAGCGAAGUCACAAAAAUGAAUUUUAACCUUUUGGUUGCAGCUGUAGGCAACUCCGCAUUGUCCUCUUUUAAGCAAAGAAGUUUACAAAAUAUUACGGAACUGCCACCACAAAAGCGGAGUAGUGUGUGCGAAGUAGUAGCAGGGGGGUCAAAUGAGUCCAGUUCACACCAAACUGACCAGAUUACUAGUAGUUCAGUAAAGACCGAGACAAAGACUGAGAAGUUUCAAUCCCUAUGCAUAGAAAAUUUAAUCAACUUCAUGGAUGCAAAUGAAUAUACACAGAAAUUUGAAUUUAAUAUUAUUCAUAAUUUAAAAAAAUGUUGUUUAUCUCUACUUGAGACAUUACACAAAACUAACCGAAAAAUUGCAGCAUGCACAAAACAAGGCUCAGAAGAGUGGAAAGAAGAACGGCAGUUACGGAUUACUGGAUCUACUUGUUACGCGAUAUAUACUUACGGCAAUCGAAACCCCAACUGGGAGCAGAAAGCAUUAAGUUUUUUUUUCCCUAAAGGGUUUACGAAUAAAUUUGUCGCACAUGGAAUUGCUUGUGAAAAGAGAGCAUUAAACACGUUUAAGAAAAAUACAAACUUCAAUGUUAUUGAAGUUUCUUUAAUGGUUUGCAAAUAUAUGCCAUGGCUCGCCUAUUCUCCAGAUGGUGUAAUUAUGGAGAACAAUGUUCCAACUAGUCUCUUAGAAAUAAAAUGUCCGUACAUAGGAAAAGAAAAAGGCACAGAACACUUCUUUGAUUCAUGUGACUAUCUAACGGAGGUCGGAGGUCAACUGCUGUUAUUAUUCCAAUACCCAAGAAAGUAUGGGGUCAAUCGGUCUCAUGGCAUAUGA